AUGGAUACAGAUGCGCAAACGGCCUCGUGGUACGACACCAUGAUGACUUACUCGUUACUAUCAUCCGCCUACCCUACCGCUGUCAGAUACAUCUCCGGUGCCUUCAUCGCCCUGGGCUUCAUAUUUGUCGUCCCCAUCAUCCUUCUCAUCGCUGUGGACUUUGGGAUCUACAUUUACAGGAUAUGUUGGAGCCGCCCAUGGAACCAGAACCAGAACCAGAACCACUCACUGCCCUCGGAUGAGGAGCGGCGGCAGCAACAACAACUACACAAGUUCCCGCCCGAGUUGGCGGACGGGACGUCUACCGUGACACCGACCGUGGCAGCCGCUGCGCGGAAACGGAUACAGCAUCUGAGCGAGUCCGGGGACGGGAACGACGCGUCGUCCGGGUAG